AUGGCAAACUCUCUGCUCUUCCGAGUGGCCAACCCUCAAUCCCUCCGCACCUUCCGCUCCCCCUCCUUCCACACCUACCGUUUCCCUUUACCCCCUUCUGAAAUCGGAACCUACAAAAGUCGCCUCCGAGAUAGGAGAGAUCGAGGCCAGGAGGAAACAGCGGUGACACUGCCCCUGCGCCCUGCGGCGGGACCAGGACAUCACCUGCAGUAUUGGCCCUUCUCUGCGUCUGACUUGUAUAAUUGGAAAACACAUAACCCCACUUUCUCUCAGGACCCGGUGGCCCUUACGGCCCUAAUAGAAUCCAUUCUGACCACUCAUCAGCCCACUUGGGAUGAUUGUCAGCAACUGUUACAGGUUCUCCUCACUUCAAAAGAAAGGCAAAAGGUGAUCCUGGAGGCCAGAAAGAAUGUGCCGGGAGACGACGGCUGCCCCACCCAACUUCCGAACAUCAUAGAUGACGCCUUUCCCCUGACCCGCCAUUGGGAUUUUAACACGGCUGAAGGUAGGACCCACCUACGUCUUUACCGCCGGCUGCUCAUAGCGGGUCUCCAUAAGGCAGGGCAAAAGCCCACCAAUUUGGCCCAGGUAAGGCAGGCAGUUCAAGGAGCGGAGGAAACCCCCACCGCUUUUCUAGAAAGGCUAAAGGAAGCUUACCGCAGGUACACUCCUUUCGAUCCUGAUAGUCAAGAACAGCGGGGAAAUGUGUCCAUGGCCUUUAUCUGGCAGUCCGCCCCAGAUAUCAGGGCAAAGUUACAGAGGCUGGAUAAUUUGCAGGAUUACUCCCUGCAGGAUUUGUUAAAAGAGGCAGAAAAGAUCUAUAACAAGAGAGAGACCCUGGAGGAAAAGGAAGACAGAUGUAGAAAGGAAAGCGAGGAACGAGAGGAAGAGAGGGAUCGAAAAAGAAAUAGAGAACUUAGUAAAAUCCUGGCCACUGUAGUCUCAGGUAGACAAGGCGCAGGUCAGGCAGAGGAGAAGGGGAGGAUGAGGCGGCCUUAAGUAAACCGCGACCAAUGUGCUUAUUGCAAGGAAACAGGACAUUGGGUAAAAGACUGUCCGAAGAACCCAAAGAACCCCAGGCGAAGGACCACAGGUCCCCCUGCCCAACUCUUAGCCCUGGACGAAGACUAGGGAGGUCAGGGCCAGGAGCUCCCCCCUGAGCCCAAGGUAACUCUAACUGUGGGGGAGCGACCAGUAACCUUUCUCGUGGACACAGGAGCCCAGUACUCGGUCCUAACCAAAGAUCAGGGCCCACUCAGUGGCCGAACUACUUGGGUACAAGGUGCAACUGGCAGCAAGCAAUACCACUGGACCACAGACAGAAAAGUUCGUUUGGAUACUGGUAAGGUCACCCAUUCUUUUCUUCACAUCCCUGACUGUCCCUACCCAUUGCUAGGGAGGGAUUUAUUAACCAAACUAAAGGAAAAAGGGGCCGCCGUAACGGGACCGGCAGGCCGACCCCUGCAUGUUUUAACUUUCCAAUUAGAAGAGGAAUAUAGACUUUUUGAAAAACCAAAGAGUGUGCCCAAAGAAAUGGGGGACUGGCUAAAAGCAAUUCCAAAUGCCUGGGCAGAAACAGGCGGAAUAGGACUGGCCAUACAACAACCCCCACUGGUGGUCCAGUUGAAAGCAACCGCCACGCCCAUAAAAAUUAAACAAUACCCUAUGUCAAAGGAGGCCUAUGAGGGAAUAAAACCCCAUAUUCGACGACUCCUGGAUCAAGGCAUACUUGCCCCUUGUCGUUCCCCCUGGAACACGCCUCUAUUACCUGUUAAGAAGCCAGGCACCAAUGAUUACCGGCCAGUUCAGGACCUAAGAAAAGUAAAUGAACGGGUAGAGGACAUUCACCCGACAGUUCCUAACCCGUAUAACCUGCUUAGUACCUUGCCUCCCACACACACCUGGUAUACUGUUAUAGACUUGAAAGAUGCCUUCUUCUGCCUCCGGCUUAGUCCCCAGAGUCAGAGCUUAUUUGCCUUUGAGUGGAGAGACCCCGAACAGGGCAUCUCAGGACAACUCAUGUGGACAAGAUUGCCACAAGGAUUCAAAAAUAGCCUGACCCUGUUCGACGAAGCCCUCCACAAGGACUUGGCAGAUUUUCGUCUUCAACAUCCUUCUUUAAUAAUGCUUCAGUAUGUAGAUGAUCUCCUCCUCGCAGCCACCACGAGAGAGGAGUGCUUGAGAGGUACUGAGGUACUGCUUAAAACCUUGGGGGAGCGUGGGUAUCGGGCAUCUGCUAAGAAGGCACAAAUUUGCCAACAAACUGUGACCUAUCUGGGGUAUGAAAUUCGAGGACAGCGCUGGUUGACCCCUGCCAGAAAAGAGGCUAUAUGUAGCAUCCCGCCUCCCCAAAACUCAAGAGAAGUAAGGGAGUUUCUGGGCACAGCCGGCUUCUGUCGCCUGUGGAUUCCUGGUUUUGCGGAGAUGGCGGCCCCCUUGUACCCGCUCACUAAGCAGGGGGUUCCCUUUCAAUGGAACAGCGAACAGCAACAGGCUUUUGACCAGAUUAAAGGGGCCCUACUGGCCUCCCCUGCUUUGGGACUCCCGGACGUGACUAAGCCCUUUGAACUAUUUGCUGAUGAAAAACAGGGCUAUGCAAAGGGAGUAUUGACCCAGAAGCUGGGGCCCUGGAGGAGGCCAAUUGCUUACCUCUCCAAAAAGCUAGAUCCUGUGGCUGCAAGGUGGCCCCCUUGUCUACGAAUGGUAGCCGCCAUUGCAAUGCUAGUCAAAGACGCCACCAAGUUAACCUGGGGACAGCCACUGACUCUACUGACUCCCCAUGCCAUUGAGACCAUAGUGCGAUAGCCUCCGGAGCGGUGGCUAUCCAACGCGCGCUUGACUCACUACCAAUCUCUCCUACUGGACUCUGAAUGGAUCCAGUAUGGGCCACUGGUGACCCUCAACCCAGCCACCCUGCUGCCUCUCCCGGGAAAGAUGCCUCUUCAUGACUGUAGCCAGAUCCUUGCCGAGGUACAUGGGUCUCGACCAGACCUCCUGGACGUUCCCUUAGCGGAUGCUGAGAAGACGUGGUUCACCGACGGCAGUAGUUACCUGGAAGGCGGAAAGAGACGGGCUGGAGCGGCCGUCACCACGGACUCGGAGGUAAUAUGGGCUAGCGCGCUCCCGGAGAGCACCUCUGCCCAAAGGGCUGAAUUGAUGGCUCUAACUAAGGUAUUGCGUAUGGCAGAAGGAAAGAGAUUAAAUGUGUACGCCGACAGCAGGUAUGCAUUCGCCACUGCUCAUGUACACGGGGAGAUUUAUCGGCGUAGGGGCCUUCUAACCUCAGCAGGAAAAGAAAUCAAAAAUAAGGCUGAAAUUUUAGAACUGCUCCAGGCCUUGUUUCUCCCAAGCAAGUUAAGCAUUAUACACUGUCCUGGGCAUCAGAAGGGGAGCAGCCUGGUGGCAAGGGGCAACAGACUGGCAGAUGAAGCUGCCCGGCAAGCAGCUCUGGGACCACAAAUACUUCCCCUACGAUCUGAUGCUAAGGAAGCCACACAACCAAGCUGGGACUGGAACUACUCUGAUGAGGACUUGGACUUAAUCCAGAACCGAGAAAUGUUUCAACAUUUGCAUAACUUGACCCACCUAAGUGCAAGAAAAAUGAAAGAACUAAUAACCAGGCAAGGAUCCCUCGGGUAUUUCCCCAAAAGAGACCAAAUUCUCCAACAAAUAGUGGACAAGUGCCCCACCUGUGCGCAGGUCAAUGCAGGAAGAACCAGGCUUGAUCCAGGGGUACGUGUACGAGGGCACAGCCCUGGCAAUCAAUGGGAAAGAGACUUCACUGAGGUUAAGCCCAGGAUGUAUGGCUACAAGUACCUGCUAGUUUUUGUAGAUACUUUUUCAGGAUGGGUAGAGGCCUUCCCCACCAAGACAGAGACUGCAACGGUGGUCACCAAGAAGCUACUGGAAGAAAUCUUCCCCAGGUAUGGACUUCCUAAAGCACUAGGGUCGGAUAACGGGCCAGCCUUCACCUCCCAGGUAAGCCAGCAGGUGGCCAGGGUACUGGGGAUAAAUUGGAAAUUGCAUUGUGCAUAUAGACCCCAGAGUUCAGGACAGGUAGAAAGGAUGAAUAGAACAAUCAAGGAGACUUUAACCAAAUUGAUGCUUGCAGCUGGCAAUAAAGACUGGGUACAGCUCCUACCACUAGCAUUGUAUAGGGCCAGGAAUACUCCUGGCCCCCAUGGACUAACCCCGUUUGAAAUCAUGUUUGGGGGACCCCCCCCUGCAGUAACCUUUUAUGACACUGACCAGGUUAAGACACCUUCUUUGCAAAGCCAUUUACAAGCCCUACAAUGGGUACAACAAGAGGUCUGGAGACCGCUUGCCCAGGCCUACAAUCAGGAACUUAAAACCCCCUCACUGCCCCAUUCCUUUCAGAUUGGUGACUCAGUCUGGGUCCGCAGGCAUCAGACCAAAAACCUGGAACCUCGCUGGAAAGGACCCUACACUGUACUUCUGACAACUCCCACCGCCCUCAAAGUAGACGGAAUUGCCUCCUGGAUCCAUGCAUCGCAUGUCAAAAGAGCUCCUUUAAUGGAAUAG